GAACGCCAAACGGUGCUAAAGCUAUCUGUCAAACAUUAAAAAUUGUAGCGACGAAACGUUCAGAAAGCGAAGAAUUUGUGCACAAAAAUUAAGAAAAGUUCAUGAAAAACUAGAACUGAUUGAAAUAAUAUAUCUAAACUAGUUGGACGAAUAUGUCGCUUGUUUGUAGUAUAUCCAAUGAAGUUCCGGAGCACCCGGUUGUAUCCCCUCGAUCCGGAGCAAUAUUUGAGAAACGGUUGAUAGAGAAGUAUAUCGUUGAAAACGAAUGCGAUCCUAUAAAUGGCGAACCGUUGAAGGCGGAGGAGCUAAUCGAAAUCAAGACUCCACCAAUCGUUCGUCCGAAGCCACCGAGCGCCACCAGUAUUCCAGCCACACUGAAAAUGAUGCAAGACGAAUGGGAUGCUUUAAUGUUGCAUGCAUUUACACAGAGACAACAGUUGCAAACAGCCAGGCAGGAAUUGUCUCAUGCCCUCUACCAGCAUGAUGCGGCCUGCCGUGUGAUCGCUCGUCUCAACAAGGAAGUAGCAGCUGCCCGUGAAGCAUUGGCCACUCUGAAACCACAAACCGGCAUCGCUUCCAUUCAGUCGUCUAUUCCACAACCGUCAAUCGCCGCGGAAGCUGGCGGAAUGGCUACACAGCCGAUUGAGCAAGCCGGCAUGAGCGCAGAAGUAAUUCAGAAGCUCCAGGACAAAGCCACAGUUUUGACACAGGAGCGAAAGAAGAAGGGUCGUACUGUUCCGGAAGAAUUGGUCAGUGCGGAAAAGAUUCGUGGUUUUCUCACACUUGCUUCACAUCCCGGUCUCCACUCAGCGAGUGUUCCUGGAAUCUUGGCAUUGGAUAUUAACCAUUCUGAUCAAAGUAAAAUUCUGACGGGAGGAAAUGAUAAAAAUGCCACCGUAUUUAACAAAGACACCGAACAAAUCGUGGCAAUUCUCAAGGGACACACCAAAAAAGUCACGAAAGUCAUCUUCCAUCCAGAGGAUGACACCGUUAUUACAGCUUCUCCUGACGCUUGUAUUCGGAUUUGGAACGUCCCGACCUCCCAAACGCAACUGCUUCUUCGUUGUCACGAUGGCCCGGUCACUGGUCUGUCUUUGCAUCCCACAGGCGACUACGUACUGUCCACUUCCUCCGACAAGCACUGGGCUUUCUCGGACAUUCGUACCGGCCGCCUGCUCACGAAAGUGCCAGAUCCAACUGACAUCGGUCUCACCACGGCUCAGUUCCAUCCUGAUGGUUUAAUUUUCGGCACGGGAACUGAAGACUCGCAAGUAAAAAUUUGGGACUUGAAGGAGCAGAGCAAUGUUGCCAACUUCCCGGGACACACCGGCCCUAUUACGGCUAUUUCAUUUUCUGAAAACGGUUACUAUCUGGCUACGGCAGCCGACGACGCUUGCAUAAAACUGUGGGAUUUACGAAAGUUGAAGAACUUCAAGACGAUUACCCUGGAUGAGGGCUACGAAGUGAAGGAUCUUUGCUUCGAUCAGAGCGGAACCUAUCUGGCGAUUGCGGGAACCGAUAUCAGAGUUUAUCUGUGCAAACAAUGGCAAGAGUUGAAGGUAUUCAAUGAUCACACCGCGCUGGCAACAGGCGUACGUUUCGGCAAACACGCUCAGUAUGUUGCGUCGACCAGCAUGGAUCGAACGCUCAAAUUGUACGGAAUCGAGUAAGGACGCAUAUGAUAGUUGCAGUAAGUAAUUGACCCCGGUCAGUAUACCGCAAGUCUGACGGUAUUUGAAUAAUUAGAUUUACUCUUGCGCUUGAGACUCUUCUAAUUGAGCCAUCAUUUGGAUAUGAUAAUGAAAUGCAGUUGUACCAAUUUGAA